CAUUUUAUUUUCAUCAUCAAUAUUUACGUUUUUAUUAAUCAAUGAUAGUUGCAAAAAUGGGUUUCAAGGCUUUUCUAAUUCUGGCUAUGCUCAUGAUCACCAUCUUUGUGGCAUCUACUGAUGAGGUAGCACCCGGAGACUUAGAUGAGAAAUUUGAACAAAAUGAUGGUAACAAUAACCCGGCACAAGGCGUAGAUGAAAGCAAAUUAUAUGGUGGAUGGGGUGGUGGAUGGCGGGGCGGAUACGGCGGACCAUGGGGAUGGCGCGGCGGCUAUGGCGGUCCGUGGGGAUGGCGUGGCGGAUACGGCGGUCCGUGGGGAUGGCGCGGCGGUCCAUAUGGAUAUGGUGGCGGUUAUUGUCCUUAUGGAUGUUGUGGUUGGGGUUACUAUGGAUGUUAUAGGUGUUGUUACGCUAAGGGGCAAACUCGUCAAGCUAAAAUUGAUGCAAACACUCAUGAAUAAGUAUAUACUUGUUAAUGUCUAGGGUUUUGUAAUGGAUAUUAUAAAUAAAACCUCUAUAGAAGGGCAAUGAUAUAAUAAAAGCAUUUGGUUGCUCCCUUAAUUAAUUAA